AUGAGGAGGGAGAACCAGAGCUGCGUGUCCCAGUUCCUCCUCCUGGGGCUCCCCAUCCUGCCGGAGCAGCAGGGCGUGUUCUUCACCCUGUUCCUGGGCAUGUACCUGACCACGGUGCUGGGGAACCUGCUCAUCAUGCUGCUCAUCAGGCUGGACUCUCGCCUCCACACCCCCAUGUACUUCUUCCUCAGCCACCUGGCCCUCACUGACGUCUCUAUCUCAUCAGUCACUGUCCCUAAGAUGUUGAUGGGCAUGCAGACUAAGUACAGAUCGAUACCCUAUGUGGGGUGCAUUUCUCAGAUGUAUUUUUUCAUACUGUUUGGUUGUCUUGACAAUUUCCUCCUUGCAGUGAUGGCAUAUGACAGGUAUGUGGCCAUCUGUCACCCACUCCACUACAUCUCUGUCAUGAGGGAGGAGCUGUGUGUCUUACUAGUAGCUGGGUCCUGGUUCGUCUGCUGUGUCCAUGCCCUGUUGCACACCCUUCUUCUGGUACAGCUGUCCUUCUGUGCUGACAAUACCAUCCCCCACUUCUUCUGUGACCUCGCUGCCCUCCUGAAGCUGAGCUGCUCAGACAUCUCCCUCAGUGAGCUGGUCAUCUUCACCGAGGGAGGAAUGCUUUUCAUCCUGCCUUUGAUUAGUAUCUUGUGCUCUUAUAUCCGUAUAGUAACCACUGUCCUGAGGGUCCCCUCAACUAAAAAGUUCUUUAAAACCUUUUCUACCUGUGGAUCCCAUCUGUUUGUGAUGUCUUUAUACUACGGGACACUUGCAGGUGUUUACUUUUUCUCUUCAUCAUGGAACUCCAAUGACAAGGACAUGAUUGCUUCUGUCAUCUAUACAGUAGUUACCCCCAUGCUGAACCCCUUCAUCUACAGCCUGAGGAACAGAGAUAUAAAACAGGCCCUAGAAAUAUUUGUCAAUAGAGCUAACUUCUUUAAAUGA